AACCUAUACGGCAGGAUAACGUACACGAUUUAGUGUUAUUUGUCAGCAAUAGUCUUCAAGUUUUAUGUUUUAUGCUUAUUAGUUUUAUAGAAUACCCGCAGUUAACCGAUAAAGAAAAUGGCGUGAUUAUUUGUUUCGAUAUUGCGGGAAUCCACGCAGUAAAAUAUAUGUAAGUUUCUCUAAACAGAAGAGACAAAAAUACUUUUCAUUAUUGUAUUUAUUAACAUGUACCAAUAUGCUACAUAAGACUAAGCUGUAUUUUAUAUAUAUAUUUACUACUUUGCUUAAAAUAUAUAGCCUAUACUGUAUUGUAGAUGUGGAUGUGCUACAUGUAUAUAAAAGGUCUGUAUUAGACUAUUUGUAUAGCCUAUUCACUAUUCUGGCAUCGUAGCAUAGUGUUAUCUAAUACAACUUUUCCAAUAAUUUAAUUAAAAGCUUGUCAAAAUUUAUGGCAAAAGCUUUGUUUUGAUAUUUUUACGUAUGUUGUCUCGAUUUUUAGGUUUUGUUUUAGUGAAGAUAAGACGUGUGUUGUUUAACAUGGCUGUCAGAUCACUCACUGAGGCGUUUCUCCUUAUGAGGAAUAAUUCCUUGCAAAACAAGAACAUGUUCACAAGUCAUAACACGGAUUAUGAAGAGGAGGAUGACAGGGUAGCUUUGGUAGGAGGGAAAAAAUACGACGAAGAAUCUCGUAUUGGAUUUCGAAAGUGUCUUCCGCCACAGUGGACGGAUGAAUCUCAUGAUUUGAAGUACAAUAUCUCAAACAUUGAACAGAAGAUGCAGGAUUUAUCCUUGCUCCAUGAUAAGCAUCUGCAUCGUCCCACACUGGAUGAUGAUGUAGAAGAAGAGCACGAGAUCGAAGUGAUGACUUUAGAAAUCACUCAUCUCUUUCAUCAGUGCAGUGCUACUAUAAAGACGAUCAGGAAACAAGGACAAACUUCAGGCCGAGAUACAGUGGUUGUAAAUAAUGUGGUGUCUAGUUACGCAGCGCAGUUGCAAGACCUUUCGACUAAGUUUAAAAAAGCGCAAUCUUCGUAUCUGAAAAAGUUGAAGCACAGAGAGGAGCGCUCACAUCAUUUCUUUAGCUCAACAUCAGUCCUUAUGCCGGAGCACACGGAGGAUGAUAUAGAUGAUGCCGACUUCAACAAAGCUCUUUCGCAAGAUCAGGUUGCAAUUAUCGACCAGAAUGCUGUGAAUAUUGAACAGCGAGAAAGUGAAAUAAGAUCUGUAGUUCAAAGCAUCAAUGAUCUUGCUGAAAUUUUCUCGGACCUUGGAAAUAUUGUCGUUGAACAAGGGACUGUCCUUGACCGAAUUGACUACAACGUAGAAAACGCUGUUGUUAAAACGGAAACUGGUUUAGGGGAGCUGAAAAAGGCAGAAGAAUACCAGAAAAAAAAUCGAAAACUUUUUGUUAUCCUGGUAAUGGCUGUUAUUGUAAUAAUUUUGCUUAUAAUUUUAAUAAGCAGUAAGUCUAAAAGCUAAUUUUCAACACAGUCAAAUAUUUUAUCUUACAACAGAGGCAAUAACAAACUAAUGUUAAAUGUGAAGCUAGUGGUAACUACAUGUUAUUCUGCUGUUAUUCCCUUUUCAUUAAAAAUUCCUCUUUAUUUCAUUAUGUACAUCAGUGCUUCUUUACCAUUUUUUACAACACAACCUAAUCCAAAGCAUGAAUAAUUACUAAAGCUGUAAUAACAUAUUUCCAAAACAAUAUUUUACAAAGCAGUAAUUUAACUUUUACAAUAAGUUAACAGUCAAAAACAAAUUAUACAUAUUUUGAGUCACAGACCAUGGGAAGAAGCAACGAUUUGCACUAAAUGGAUAGGCCUAUUGAAAUCCAAGUUAAUCAUUUUAAAUUUCAAUCAUUAAGGUGCAAUACAUGUUCACAAAUAAUGUACUGUAGGACUAGUAUUGUUAUGAAAUAGCCAUGUCCCAUGUAACACAUUGUCUUGGUAUGGUUUAUAGUUAACAGCAGUUGGUAGUUGGUGUUGUACGGAUAUGAAAUAGUUUAAUAAAAUUGAUAAUUUGUCAGUACUGCCUAGGCAAAGGGCCAAUCUAAAUUUCUUCAAUCUGUUCUAUUCAUAUCACUUUAGUUGACUAUAUUAUUUUCUAUAUUGUGAACUGAUCUGUUUAAUUAGUCUUUUUUGUUUUAUAAAAUAAUAUAUAUAUUAUAUAUAUUUACAAAUUUCUAAAGUAGGGUUUAAGAUAUUUAUUGGCUGGCUUACAUUGUUUUUGUGCUUUGUACUUUGUUUUAUAUUUUACUGUUUGUUUAUCAUGUCUGUUUUCUGUGCUCCAGCCAGACUGUUUUCAUAAUUUUGAUGUCCUGUUAUUAUGUUUUUAAAACUGCUCUGCCUCUGCUGGUAAAAAUGUAAAGAAAGUUUAUGGUAAACUACAGUUUGUCUGGAAUGUCUGCCAUACAAAUGAGACUUCAUCAGUUGUUUUGCCACUUUUUUUAUUUAGAAGAGCAGUUUCAAACUUUAUAUUAAAGCUAGUUGUUCAAUUACACCGACUAAACUUUAACUUUUGAACCAAGAACAUUAAAAUUUGCCACCCACAAAUAUGUUGCUUAUUUGUUACUUUAACAAUAAGAAAUAAUUUUAUCACUUUUUGUUUUAUUUUUUUUUAGA